AUGAAGUGGGCGCCAAAGCCAAUGGUUUUCUGCUGUUUGAUCAGCAAACACCCGGGGCUAAUGUCUAUGAUCGGCGUGGACUCUGUGGUAGCCUUGAGCAUUAACAAAUCUCGAGGCUACCACAGGAAUACAUUUCUAUGGAGCUCUGCCUGUGACAGUGCUCUAGAGGAAUGUUUUGAAUCUCCUAUAGACUGCGGUGAUAAGACCCUACAAGAGCAAGGUGUUUGCCACAACUCCAAGGUUUUAGUCCUAGAGCUCAGCUACACUGAGGAAGAAGCAAGGAAGCGGAUGCACAAUGAAGAGAAGGCGAUAGAAGAACAGGCACAAAAGGAUGAGAGUGUGACGAAGAAGAUGAUGCGCACAAGAAAAGGAUUGGAGAUCCUGGCAGAUAGAGGGGAGAGCUCGGACACCGAUACAGUUCCAUAUCUGGAAAUUGCAAACCAAACUGGACGUUCAAUCAAUAUGCCUAAAGCAGCAAAAAAGGCGCUCAUGCUGGCUAUGGGAUAUCAUGAAAGGGGACGAGCAUUCCUGAAGAGAACAGAAUAUGCUUUAGCACUGCCGUUUUUGCUGGAUGCAGACAAACACUUCUGCGAGUGCGGGACAGAUCUACUAAAUUCGGUGGAUAAUUAUGCCGUCCUGCAGCUUGAUAUCGUGUGGUGCUACUUUCGCUUGGGACAGUUAGAUUGCCUGGAUGAUGCAGAGUCUAAACUCAAUAUGUCCCAGAGGUGCUUAAACAAAUGCUAUGGAGAAAACCAUGAAAGGCUGGUCAACAUUAAAGGAAAUUAUGGGAAAGAGAAAGUACUAUUCCUAAGACUUUAUCUCCUGCAGGGGAUAGUAAGUUACUACAAUGGUAAGGCCAGAGAGGCGACCGACAAACUCUCUGAGGCAAACAGAUUGUAUAAUGAACUUUCCAUAGAUCCUACAAAAGUGGAGACUCUCUUGCAGCUCGGAUGCUCUGCUCAGGAGGCCCGCCUGGCACUGAGAACCUGUGAUGGGAAUGUGGAACAUGCUGCAAAUCAUAUCGCAUGUAAACGAGAGGAGAAAGCGAAGAUACGAAAAGAAGAGCGAGACAAGCGUAAGAAGAGGCUGGAUAAGAUUAAUACUCUCAGGGGGAUGGGGUACUCUGAGACUGCCGCAGCAGAAGCGCUAAGCCAAGCUCAAGGGAAUAUUGACCGUGCAGUUCAGAUUCUCCUUGAUAAUCCGGAACUGCUAAUCCCACAUGAUGAUCCGCCUGGCAGUGACUCAUUCACUGUGUCUCAAGAGAAUAUUGAUCAGCUGGUGUAUAUUGGGUUUUCCCCUGAGGCAGCAAAGGCAGCCCUCCAGCUUUUCAUGGGUAAUGUUGAAUUGGCUUCUCAGAUUCUGGCUCACCACCAAGGAAUGCUCCCUCCUCAUCUUCUCCAAGACCUGGACAAGCCAAAGGAGUCCCAUGCAUCCUCGUCAGAAUCUGCAGGGACAAGCACGUCAUUUUAUAACGAGCCAGAUAUUGAUCCAGUUAAAGAAAUUUUGGAUGAUAUUCCUGAACAUGAAGAGGAUUACCUGGAUUUAACCUUAGAGCAAGAAGGGCUCGUUCUUGCUGAAUAUCUUUCUUACCUUGAAAAGAUCUGAUAUAUGUGGUGUUUGUAUAAACUCAAAAGACGACUUGUUUUCUUAGGAGCAUUUCUAUUGUUGUUCUUUUUAAGGCACCUUAUUUUGAUGAUUUUUAUGUGUGGCUGAUGCUGCUUUCAUUUAAGGGGAUUGUGUCAUGAAAGACACCAGUGUCCGGCCUUGUGAAGACAGAAAAUGCUCCAGCUCACCCUCUAUUUCCAGGACGCACUGUAAUGCAGGCUCACACGUGGAACAGUAAAGGAAGGAGGAUUCCUUGUCCAUUCCAGAAUAAAACAAGCCAUGAUUAAGACUCCUAUGUAUGGGUCGAAAUGCAUAAGCAGUGUCCAGAUGUAUGGACAUGGAGCUUAACUUUGCUGAAUAAAAAUUGUUUUAAUUGUGGAACGGACCCUGGAAAUCCUUCCUUAUCUACCUGUUGUGACUCCCGUCAAUCACUUGAACGAAGUGGCAGCGGCCAUUAAACUCCGUAGCCCGUUCUUCUAAUCGGACAUUGGUACCAUAUCCUAGUGAAACAAUUCUACCACUCUGAUCAUAUUACACAUAUAUUGUAGCACAAUGUAGUAUCUUAGUAUGAUCCAAUGCAGUGAGCAAGCACUUUUGAUAUAAUCCUUCACCAGCAGCUGCCCUAAGGAUUUGUAUGCUAUGUAUGCUGACUGCAGUCUUCUUGCUACAAUAUAUCUGAUAAUAGUAUUGGAAUUCUAGUAACAGACUAUCUAAUUCAAGCUUUUUCCUUUACUGUACAUUAUCGUUUGGCAUGUGGAGAACAGAUUAAUUUGGUACAUUCUUCAUCACUCUGUACAAUGUACCCAGCUAGUGGCAGUUGCAUUUGUUAUUUUUCUUUUAGUUACCAGCCUCUUUCCCUUUAAAUAUGAGUCCAUUGUUAAUUGAGGUUUUGUGGUGGCAUUUUGAAUAUCAGUUAAAAUAGUUACUUCUUCGGAAAGUCAGGUCUGCAUUUGGCAAAGUUUACAUAUCAAUUUUUACAAUUUAAAGGGAUUAUCCGACCUUGGAACCAACAACCCCUAUGGUCCUAACACCAGUCAUCUGUCCGCUGUCCUGCUGCCGGCUACAAGGAUGGACAACCUCUUUAAUCAACCAUGUAAAGAUUUCCAAAUAUAUCACAUACUGGAGAAUAUAUUACGUACCUGGAGAAGGACUUUUUGACAAUAAGCAGAUGUCAAAGUGCCCGACUUCUGGAACACCCAGCAAUCAGCUGUAAUGUUUGAAGAAACUUGGCAGAAAGGGCUCCUUCACACACGGCAGACUUUCUGCAACUGAAGAUCAGUUCCAUUCUUCUGAUUGGGAAUGUUUCGGUAGUAAGCUCAUAGCCCUAUUCAAAUGAAUGGAAUUGAUUUUCAGUUAAAAAAUAU